AUGCAGUAGGCUGUUUCCUCCACAUAUGGUACUCAUUGCCAAAUAUUGCUUGCAACCACAUUUUACUCUCUACUAGCUCUUUGCAAUCUCACCUUUCUUCAUUUGCUUUUUCCCCUUUCAAAGAACAAAACAUGGCCGAAUUAGUGGGAGGAACACUUCUCUCUGCCUUCCUUCAAGUAUUCUUUGAUAGGAUGGUAUCCAGCGAGUUUGUUGAUUUCCUAAGGGGGCAAAAACCCAGUGAUGAACUCUUGUCCAAGUUGAAGAAUGUAUUGCUAUCUGUGGGAGCGGUUCUCGAAGAUGCCGAGGACAAACAAGUUACGAAUUCUAGUGUGAAAAAGUGGCUUGAUGAGCUGAAGGAUGCUGUCUAUGAUGCAGAAGACGUCUUGGAUAAGAUUGCUACAAAAGCCUUACAAUCCAAAUUAGAUGCUGAAUUUGGAACCAAUAUUGGAAGUAAGACACGUGACAUGAUCAAUGUGGGAAAAAUGGCUGUUCAUUUGCACUGAAGUUUUUGCCUUGUGAAAUUGUCACUGUUGGAAGCUGAGAAGGGUUGAGAUGAGAAGCUGACAUAUUAGCAAAU